UACCGUGUUCCUCCCUCGUCGUCGAUUUCGUCUACCUGAGAAAACGAGCUGUUUUGUCGAUUCCCGCAUGGGUGUUUGAUAUCGGUUCCGCCUUCACGGCUCUUAUUAUGACUUUCGCCGCCUUCUUUGGGAACACCCGUGACGCGGAAGGGGUGUCUAAUGUCGAGGAGCCGCUGUUAAACGGCGUCUCUGCAAAUGCAGAGAGUGUCACAGGGAACAUCUCCUUGUUCGCUAAUGCUGGGUUCCUCAGCUCACUCACCUUCUAUUGGAUCGGCCCGCUGCUCGCCGUCGGCAACCGGAAAAUCCUAGACCUCGCCGACGUGCCGCAGCUGGAGGCACGCGAUAGUAUUAACGGUGUCUUUCCCAUCUUCAAAAGCAACCUCGACUCCUGCUCCAUCACAGGCGGCACUUCAACCGUAACGACAUUCCAGCUGGCGACGGCGUUGCUCCUCACCACGUGGCAACAAGUGGUGGUCACGGCCAUUUAUGCGAUCGUGUACACCUUCGCCACCUACGUGGGUCCCUACCUUAUCGACUUCCUCGUUCGCUACCUCAACGGCGACCCUUUGUUCGCCGGCGCCGGCUACUGGCUGGUGGCAGCCUUCAUCGCGGGGAAGCUCCUGGAGUGUCUCUCGCAGCGCCACUGGUUCUUCCGGUUACAGCAAGCCGGGUUCAGAACCCGCGCCGCCCUCGUCGCCGUGAUCUACCAAAAGGGGCUCAUCCUGUCGAGUCGGUCGAAGCAGAGCCGGUCCAGCGGCGAGGUCAUCAACCUGAUGAGCGUCGACGCCGACCGAAUCGGUCUCUUCAGCUGGUACAUGCACGAUAUCUGGAUUGUUCCGUUGCAGGUCGCACUCGCCUUGCUCAUAUUGUACGCCAAUUUAGGCCUCGCUUCUGUCGCCUCUCUGGUGGCCACGGUCCUUGUAAUGCUGGCCAAUGUGCCCCUCGGGAAGAUGCAGGAGAAGUACCAGGACAAGGUGAUGGAGUGCAAGGAUACGAGAAUGAAGGCGACGUCGGAGAUCUUGAGGAACAUGAGAAUUCUCAAGCUGCAAGGAUGGGAGAUGAGGUUCUUGUCAAAAAUAAUCAAGCUGAGGCAGAACGAGGAAAGCUGGUUGAAGAAGUUCGUCUACACGUCGGCCAUGACAACCUUUGUCUUCUGGGGCGCGCCGAUUUUUGUGGCAGUGAUCACUUUUGGAUUCUGCAUGCUUGCGGGGAUUCCCUUAUCAUCAGGGAAGGUUCUGUCGGCGCUGGCGACUUUUAGAGUGUUGCAAGAGCCCAUCUACAACCUGCCUGACACAAUAUCCAUGAUCGUCCAGACCAAGGUUUCUCUUGAUCGAAUUGCUUCAUUCUUACGCCUCGAAGAGUUGCACUCUGAUAUUUCAGAGAGGCUUCCAAGUGGCACAUCGGAGAUUGCAGUGGAAGUGGUAAAUGGAACCUUCUCGUGGAAUCACUCUUCGGAUUCUCCAACCUUGAAUGAUUUGAACUUCAAGGUGCUCCGUGGCAUGAAAGUUGCUGUUUGUGGCACUGUUGGUUCUGGGAAAUCAAGCUUGUUGUCUAGCCUGUUAGGCGAGGUGCCAAAGAUCUCUGGAAGUGUUAGGCUCUGUGGCACAACUGCAUAUGUACCACAGUCGCCUUGGAUACAGAGUGGUAAAAUUCAAGAUAACAUUUUGUUCGGUAGGGAGAUGGAUCAUGAGAAGUAUGAUAAGGUGCUUGAAGCUUGCUCAUUGAAGAAAGACUUGGAGAUCCUGGCAUUUGGAGACCAGACAGUGAUAGGAGAGCGGGGCAUCAACUUAAGUGGGGGACAGAAGCAAAGGAUUCAGAUUGCCCGGGCUCUGUACCAUGAUGCUGAUAUUUUCUUGUUUGAUGAUCCUUUCAGCGCUGUGGAUGCUCACACAGGAACCCAUCUGUUUAAGGAAUGCUUGCUUGGCCAUCUAGCUUCAAAAACAGUAAUAUAUGUCACCCAUCAAGUGGAGUUCUUACCUUCAGCUGAUCUUGUUUUGUGCAUGAAAGAUGGAAGGGUUGUACAAGCAGGCAAAUACUAUGACAUGCUAAAGUCAGGGACAGAAUUUUGGGAAUUGGUUGGUGCCCACAAGGAUGCUUUAGCAGCACUUGACUCCAUUGAGCUUGACAGUGAUGCUCCCGAUAACAAUGCACAAGUUGGUAACACUGACACAAAAAUUGGUCUAGGAUCUCCCAGCCUUGGGAUCAACAGCGAUACACAAAAUGGUAAGGCAGAUGAAACAUAUAGCCAAAAGGGACAACUUGUUCAAGAAGAACAGAGGGAGAAAGGCCGUGUUGGAUUUUGGGUCUACUGGAAAUACGUAACAAUGGCUUAUGGAGGAGCCCUUGUUCCUCUAAUUUUGUUGGCACAAGUUUUGUUUCAAGUACUACAGAUUGGAAGCAAUUAUUGGAUGGCUUGGGCAGCUCCUGUCUCAGAAGAUGAGCAACCUCCUGUUACUGGAUCAAUGCUCAUCUAUGUUUAUGUUGCACUGGCUGUUGGCAGUUCCUUUUGUAUACUUAUGAGAGCUAUGCUUCUUGUAACAGCUGGAUACAAGACAGCAACAAUUUUAUUUAACAAGCUGCAUAACUGCAUUUUCCGUGCACCUAUGUCGUUCUUUGAUUCCACCCCAAGUGGUCGUAUCCUUAAUAGAGCAUCAACAGAUCAAAAUGCCGUUGAUACCGAUAUUCCUACCCGAAUUGGUGCAGUUGCAUUUAAUUUCAUUCAACUUGUUGGGAUAGUUGCAGUUAUGUCGCAAGUUGCAUGGCAAGUAUUCAUUGUCUUUAUUCCUGUGAUUGCCACCUGCCUUUGGUAUCAGAACUAUUACAUAGGUACAGCCCGAGAACUGUCUAGGUUGAAUGGUGUUUGCAAAGCUCCAAUCAUACAACAUUUCUCGGAAUCCCUGUCUGGAUCAACUACUAUUAGAAGCUUUGAUCAGAAUCAAAGAUUUAUAAACACUAAUUUCAACCUGUCAGAUCAGUUUACUAGACCAAAGUUUCACACAGCCGCUGCAAUGCAAUGGCUUUCCCUUCGUUUGGAUAUGUUGUCGUCAGUUAUGUUUGCUUUUUCUUUACUUUUCCUAAUCUCCAUGCCAAGAGGGGUGAUUGACCCUGGUAUUUCUGGCCUUGCUGUCACAUAUGGACUUAAUCUUAAUAAGUACACUGCCAUUGACAGUGAACCACCUUUGUCAAUAGAAUCAAAUAAACUAGACUCAAGUUGGCCAUGCAUUGGAGAAAUUGAACUUCAUAAUUUGCAGGUUCGCUAUAGACAAAAUAUGCCUCUGGUAUUGAGAGGCCUGACUUGUACUUUUCCUGGAGGAAUGAAAACUGGGAUUGUUGGUAGAACUGGCAGUGGGAAAUCUACUCUAAUACAAGCACUCUUCCGCAUAAUUGAUCCAACCGUCGGCCAUAUAGUUAUUGAUGGGAUUGACAUUUCCACGGUAGGACUUCACGAUCUAAGAUCAAGAUUAAGCAUAAUCCCACAAGACCCAACGAUGUUUGAGGGAACUGUUCGCAGCAACCUAGACCCACUUGAGGAGUACAAAGAUGAAGAGAUAUGGAAGGCCUUGGAUAGCUGUCAGCUUGGGGAGGAAGUGAGGAAGAAAGAACUAAAGCUCGACUCGGAAGUGAGUGAAAAUGGAGAAAAUUGGAGCGUGGGGCAACGUCAGCUUGUUUGUUUGGGUAGGGUGAUCCUGAAAAAAAGUAAGGUGUUGGUUCUUGAUGAAGCAACAGCUUCGGUCGAUACUGCUACAGACAGUGUGAUCCAGAGAACCCUGCGGCAGCAGUUUUCAGAGUCUACUGUGAUCACUAUCGCGCAUAGGAUAACAUCUGUUCUCGAUAGUGAUAUGGUUAUACUUCUAGAUAAUGGAGUCAUUGUGGAGCAUGACCCACCGGCAAGAUUGUUGGAAAACAAGUCAUCUUUAUUUGCGAAACUCGUUGCAGAGUAUACGAUGAGAUCUAGUUCAAGUUUUGAAGAUCUCACAACUUGAAAAACUAUGUUAAUCCUGACAUAUCAAAAAUUUAAUAAAUUUCAUAUAUUCUCUUA